AUGGACAACCGCCUGGGAGGCUUCAUGCGAGCAGAUGAGAUAUUCUCAGAGAACGGUGGGCCAAUUCCACUCCCGCCGAGGUUCGCCCAGAUCAAGCGGAGCCUCAUCGCGGGCAAGGAGACGGCGAUAGUGGAUUCUUGGAAUCGGCUGCUGGUUGCCCUCCGGGCCGAGAUUGCGUUGAUAGGAGUAACAAAGUCUGACAUCAUCCCCACCAUCAACUUUUCGGAGCUCAAGGACCAUGCCCGCGUCUCCGAAUUUGCCGCAAAGCUCCGACGCCGAGGUGGCGCCGUGAUUCGCAACGUGAUUCCGCCGGACCAAGCUCAAGACUGGCGGGAGGAGACAGAGACGUACCUCGCCGAUAAUCCGGAGACCAGAGGGUGGCCGACGCGUGACCCCCAUCUGUUUGGAAUCUACUGGUCGCCUGCUCAGAUCAAGGGUCGAGCUCAUCCAAAUGUCCUUGCAGCCCAGCGGUUUUUGAUGGGCCUUUGGCGCUCGAGGAACCCCAACGCCUCGGUGGCAGUGGACUUGCCCGUGGCCUACGCAGACCGUUUGCGAAUUCGUGCGCCAGGCGACGAGUUCUGGCAUUUGAACGCCCACGUUGACGGCGGCAGUGUUGAACGAUGGGAGAGUGACGGGUAUGGAAACGCCGGCACAUAUCAACGCAUAUGGGAUGGAAAGUGGGAGGACUACGACCCCUGGGAAUGCAGCACCCGGCUCAAGGUCACAUCGGAUCUUUACAAUGGCGCGGGCUCAUGCAGCAUGUUCCGCAUGUUCCAGGGCUGGCUUUCCAUGUCAGACAUCAAUCCCGCUGACGGCACCCUUCUGCUAUGCCCGAUGCUUCAGCUCGCAACUGCCUACUUCCUUCUACGGCCUUUCUUUUCUCCACUGAACCCGUCCCCUGAGGCUGCGAACUUUCUCGCCCGCGAGAAUUGGUCUCUCGACUUUAUGCAGACAAGCAUCAUCCAGGGUGCCGUCCCGUCGUAUACGCAAGAGCUGAACGCCUCCCUCCAUCCUCACCUGCAGUUCGACAAGUCCCUCGUUCGCAUCCCCCCUGUUCGGCCUGGAGACUACGUCGUGUGGCACCCGGAUAUGGUUUAUGGCGUCGACAGGGUGCCGCCAUCGGCUCUGCCUGCAACGAUCAUGUAUAUUCCCGCCUGCCCACUUACACAAACGAACGCUCUGUACCUCGCCCGCCAGAGAAAGGCGUUUCUCCUUGGCCAACCUAGUCCGGAUUUUGGGGGCGGACGCGGAGAGAUUUCUCACCUGGGUCGACCUGGUGUUCAGGAGGUCAGCGAUGCGGGCGGCGAAGAUGGGCUUAGGGCCAUGGGCUUGCUGCCUUGGGAAGAUCGAGAGGGGAGGAGCCCAACAGUGAAAGCUCUGGUCGGGAUGGCGAACGCUAUUUUGUUCCCGGAUCAGUAUGACAUGGUUUGA